AUGGACACUUCUGGUAGUGUUACGAAAAAAGAGGUGCCAUCAUCUUCUUCUCGUGCUACGAAGAAAGUAAAUGCGCCAAUAGAUGGAGCGGAAAAUGAUGAGGCUUCCAAAGAUGGUGAUGGGGAUAACGCAACGAUGAUAUUGUCUUGCGCAAGUAACGAUAGAAAAGAUGGAGAAGAGCGAGGCGAUGAUGAUCAGAUAGCCGAACAGCCCAAGCAGAAUACUGUAAAUAGUGCAGGUAAUGAAAGUAAAACUGAUGCUGCUUGCACUGGUAAAAGUAUGGAUGCGAAAUCAGCUGCUGCAUCAACUUUGCACACACUCAUAACGAAUUUGCAACGAAGACAGCUGCAGCAACAAAAACAGCAGUAUAAAAGUAAUAAAGCGUGCGUUGAUGAGGAUGACGAUAGUAAUUCGAAUGCUAAUCAUGUUGCUCGUCGUUCAGCUUUCACAUUCGCUGCUCAUGCUUCUGUACCUGCCGAUGGUGCUGCUAAUUCAUUCGUUAAGAAUAGCGCUAAUCAAUUAGAUAUUAUAACGCAUGCUGACAUUAUUGCUGCUGCUGGCCAACAACAGAAUUCGGAAGUUGAAAGUAGCGGGAAGUGUAAGGGAACUAGUGAUGCUACUAAAAUUGCUUUGAACAGGAGCAGCAUCACUUCUUCGUCGGAUAUGAAAAAAGUGACGAAUUUGAUGGGAGGUCCAGCUGUGAAACGCAUACGUCGCAUGAACAACAAUAAUAACCAUGCCGCUAGUGGCGCUGUUUCAACACUCAACAAUACUGCAUCACGUGGUGGUAACACUUCAGCUAUCACUUUUCCAAUAUCUAAUAGUUCUACUUCUCGUGCAGCAUCAAAAUCGACUUCUGCUGAACUUCUUAGCUCUCUGACAGCACUGAAUAGCAUUUAUUCAUCCCUAACUAAUUUGAAUGGCGCUUUAACGGGAAACUGUGAUAAUGUGAAUGGUACUGGCUUGUGUUCGAGGAAGCUAUCAUCAUUAACGGAAAAUAAAAGUAAUAACAUAAGUAGUAGCAGCGAUACUGCUUCCUCUCCAGCAGUGAACAGUUUAGAAUAUUUGCUACAAAUGCAGAAUAUGUAUCAGACAACAUUACUCAAUAAUAUGCUCUUGGGUGCGACAUCAUCAAAUGGUGCAGCUGCAUCGUCACCUGCAUCCACUUCCUCUUCAUCUGUAACGAUCACGCCAACAAAUGCUCAUCAGUUGAGUGCAAAUGCGACAGCGAUGUUAUUACGUAUGCAGCAUUUAAACGCUUUGCAGCAAGCUGCUGCAUUAACACAUAAUUUGAACACAGCAGCAAACACGCAACAGAUACAGCAGCAGUUGUUGUUCCCAUUCCAGAGUAGUUGCGGUGCUGCUGGUAACAAUGACAGUACAGCUGGUGAGGUUGGUGCUGCUUUUACCACUCAACUACAAGGCACUGCUGACCUAGCAGGAAGGCAAGCGGUAUCUUCAUCGAGCGACAGUCGCACUGGUGGUUUAUCACCAUCAGCUUCUUCAUUAAAUUCGUUAUUCUUAUCAGCACCGUCAUUAUUCCUGCAACAACAAAAUGCGCCUGCGACUGCUAUGACGAAUAAUCCUUUUAUUCUAGCUGCAGCACUGGAUGCUUUACCAUCUAGCUAUAAUAAUAAUAAUAAUGAAAUGUUCAAUGAAAGUACGACUAAUAAGGGUAUUGGUACGUCGAAUCAACCGUCUUCCCAGUUCGAUGCAGCAACUGCGACACUGUUCUGUAAUCUUAUGCUGCUGCAGCAACAGCAACAAUAUGCAUCAAGUUUACCAGCAUCAGUAUUUCCAUCGGGACUUCUUUCUGGGUCUUACUCGAAUUCUGCAACAGACUCUGAUCGUAUUACUGCAAAUAAACAAACCUUAGCAAAUAGCAGCAAUACACCGCAAAAUAUUACUGACAGCAGGUGUGUUGGAAGUGAUGUGAAUAUGAGUACAAAUGAGCUGUUGCUGUCUGCAUUAGCAGCGGCCAGAAUGAACGCGACGGCUGGUGAUAACAGUAAGUGUAAGGGCAGUUCUAAGAAUGAAAAAAGCGCAACCACUUCUCUACCAACUAAAAUUCUCCAACAGACACCGAUCUGUCGACGAACUUUAGAAGCGCGAUUCGCACGAAUAUUGGCACAAGAACUGGAAGCAGCGUCUGAUGAGGAGCAUCACGACAUAGUGCAACUGAAUAUCAUCGAUAAUGCAAAUACAGUUAGCAAUAGUUGUGGUGAUAAGGAUGGUACUGAUAAAGAUGAUGAAAUACUAAUUGAUGAUGACAAGAUUGAUGAGAAUAUUGUAGUAAAUGAAAAGAAGAAUAGCGAAGCAAGUGACAACGGUGACAGUAAAAUUGUUGAUGUCAAUGAAACGUCGAGGAACGGUUUGAUUAUGAUGGAUAAUGAGGAUGCGAGUGGCGUCAUAACAAGUAUGAAGGAAGGUGUGGAUGAUAGUUCAGUCAUUGAUGCAAAGUUGCGAAAUGAUAAUAGAGAACAGCACUUGUUGUUAUUACCAGCACUCAUGAGCAGCGAUCGUGCAAGUGAAGCUCUCGAAGAUGGUUCUGAUGAUCAUCACGUGAAUACAUCAUCAAACCAACUCACCGAUUCGUCGCAGUUUUCAUCAGUGAUCUCGUCCAAGUCAGAUGACAUCUCGCGGUCAUCAUCAGACCAGAGAUCCUCUUCUCCCAACAGUACAUCCACAUCCACCCAGUCGGAUGUUGCAAAAACGCCCGCAUUGGUAGCCUGA